ACCCUGCUAUCGACUGCUCCGGUCUGCUAGAGGAGGCUCAAUGUGCGGUCCGGGUCCCUCCAGUGAGACGCCGCCGCUCUUCACUCUUCACUCUCAGUCGCGUGUUCUUUGUCGCCGACCAAUCUUUCUCUCCCCUUUUUUAGCUCCCCGCGUUUUUCUGUGAUUCCCAUCAGAUCGAGUGAAACAACAGCACCAUGGGUAAGAAGGAGGAAGAGGACAUCAUCAGGAUCGCGAAGAAGAUGGAUAAAAUGGCGCAGAAGAAAAACGGGGCCGGGGCUUUGGACUUAUUGAAGGAGCUGCGAAGCAUCCCCAUGACUCUGGAGCUGCUUCAGUCCACCAGAAUCGGGAUGUCCGUUAACGCCAUCCGCAAGCAGAGCACAGAUGACGAGGUGACGUCCUUAGCCAAGUCCUUGAUCAAAUCAUGGAAGAAGCUUUUGGAUGAGCCUGGCGGUGAAAAUAAAUCUUCAGAGGAAAAGAGGAAAGAGCAAACAACGCCUGUUGUUUCUCCAUCGCAGGGAAGCCCAGAGGCAAAAGAAGAAAGCAGCUCCAGCAGUAACUCCAGCAGCAAGAGCGAGCCCGCUGAAGUUUCCACCAAUUCAUUGAUCAACACCUUUCCUCGUGCCCCCGGCACAUCAGACAGCAUCAGGAUCAAGUGCCGAGAGCUGAUCACCCAAGCUCUUCAGGCUGGAGAUGAUCAUAUUGCUAUUGGUGCUGAUUGUGAUGAACUUGGAGCACAGAUCGAGGAAGUUAUCUUUCAAGAGUUUAAGAACACAGACAUGAAAUACAAGAACCGUAUCCGGAGCCGAAUCUCAAAUUUGAAGGAUAUGAAGAACCCUAAUUUGAGGAGGACUGUGCUAUGUGGGAGUGUAACCCCCGAGCGAAUGGCGAAGAUGACCGCAGAGGAAAUGGCCAGUGAUGAGCUGAGGGAAAUGAGAAAGAAUUUGACCAAAGAGGCUGUCAGGGACCACCAGAUGGCCACCACCGGAGGCUGUCAGACUGAUCUAUUCACCUGUGGCAAGUGCAAGGGGAAGUGCUGCACCUAUACACAGGUUCAAACUCGCAGUGCUGAUGAGCCAAUGACCACGUUUGUCUUCUGCAAUGAAUGCGGAAAUAGAUGGAAGUUCUGCUGAAUCUGCACGGCACUCCGACAAGUAGCAAAAUUCCUGGACCAGGUUGUCUCUCUGCAGCCGAUUGGAGCUUUGUAUUUCGUGGUACCCAACAUGCCAUACAAAGAUGCCACAGGUUACCGUUUGAAUAAAUAUCCAGUUCAUAGAUUGAGCUCAUUGUCAGUCCCUCCCCCCAAAUCUUUUACUAUUGUUAUUAGUUGUUUUUGUUCUCUGUCAGAUAUAUACGAUCAAUCUUGUCUCAUUCUCUUUUAUCUGCAUUUUUUAUAUGUAGUUUUAACACUUUGGACAAUGUUGUUUUGCUUUUCCCUCACAACAUUGCAUUGUUUUAUUUAAUUUCCCAAUAAAAAGUGUAAUCCAUUUGAUUAAAAAGAAGUGCUUUUCAUUAGU